AUGAAUUCCAGAAACCCGCCUAUUCUUGAUGGCAGUACUUUUGACUAUAUUAUCAUCGGAGGCGGCACCGCAGGCUGUGUACUGGCAGCGGAGCUCUCCACCGGGAUACCAGAUGCCUCUGUACUCCUGGUGGAAGCCGGUCGAGACUCAGAUCUUCAAGCCGAUGUUCUUGUUCCCGGCAAGUAUGUCAAACAGCUACAGGAAGACAAAGAAGGGUUAUGGGAGCUGGAAACAGUUCCUCAGCGUGAGUUGAACGACAGGCGACUGACCUUUCUGCGAGGAAGACAACUGGGAGGCAGCUCAGCGGUGAAUUAUAUGGCGUUGGCACGAGGCCCUAAAGAUGAUUACGAUCAGUGGAGUCAGUUGACUGAUGAUGAAAGUUGGAGGUGGGAGAACAUAUUACCGUUGAUGAAGAAGUUGGAAGACUUUGACUUUGCCUUGCCCGCCGGUAUGAACAAGUUUGCAAGUCCACUGCCGUCAAAUCAUGGCACCUCUGGACCGAUCAAGCUGGGCUUUGGGAAAGAAAUGGUCCCGGGUGUUGCGACAUACAUUGAGGCAUGCUUAGAAGCCAGUAUUCCCCUAUGCCUGGACAACAAUGCUGGUAACCCAAUCGGGGUUGGGUUGGCCCAGUUCAAUGUACGUGAUGGCGAGAGGGUUUAUGCAGCUAAUGGGUUUCUUCCUGCAUCCACGCGGAAGAGUCUCAAGAACCUGGUUAUUUUGACAAGCACCGAGUGUGACAUGGUCCAUACGACCAAUGGACUUGCCACCCACGUGGAUCUAUACAAUACCUCCACAAGGCGAACAGUCAUCGUUCACUGUCGAAAGGAAGUCAUUUUGUCUGCUGGCACUUUUGGGUCUCCAAAGAUUCUAAUGCUGUCCGGCAUUGGCCCAAGAAAAGAUUUGGAGCAACAUGGAAUUCCCGUCAAAGUUGACUUGGCGGGUGUUGGUCAGAAUAUGCUAGAUCAUUCCAUCAUCACCUGUGAAUACAAAGUGGAUGACCGCCUUCCAGCACACAACAAGAUCUUCCUUGAUCCAAAAAUUCUUGCCAAGGCCGAAGCUGAGUAUGCGCACAGCCGGACUGGUCCCCUUGCCAUGUACGGAUCCAGUGGGUCUGUGGCAUUCCCCAAAAUCCAGCUGCUCUUUGAAUCCAAAGAGUUUAAUGAUCUUGACUCUCAAACCAAGCAAUUUUUGUUGGAACCAACGAGACCUUCGGCCGAGAUCUGGCUUGGAUCCGGACCAUCAGUCUAUAAGGGGAACGUUCAACCAGAAGAAAGCUACAUCACCCACGAAUUGCUAUUGCAAAACAACCUGUCAAAGGGUGUGAUAAGUAUCCGCUCAAGAAACCCACGAGACCACCCAAUUAUUGAUCCCAAAUUCCUCUCCCAUCCAUUUGAUCGUCGGAUCGCCAUUGAAACCGUCCGGAAGGCUAUGCAAAUUUCCCGCUCCAGGGCAUAUGAAGGAGUGAUAGAGACGAUGGUACAUGGUCCUAUUGAUGACACUGACGAUGGGAUAUUGGACUUUAUUCGGAAAAAUCUUGACCAAGGAUACCAUUCCAUGUCGACUUGCCGCAUGGGUAUAGACGAUACAGCCGUCGUCGACUCAUGUUUCCGAGUUUCUGAUGGGAGCCCUGGUGGGCCCCUUAGAGGGACGUUCAACAAUCUCCGGGUCGCUGAUCUUAGCGUCUGUCCCAUUCUCACAUGGCAAGCCUUCCGCAGUCUUCCCUUGUCUUGCCUGUCGCGUCCAAAUCUAACUCUGAAACAGCAAUCAUACCCAGAUCAAUGCCUAUUUGAUCGGCCUUCAGUGUGCGCACAAGAUCAUUGA